UCCUCGAAGGAGAGGUGCCGAUUCGAAGGGGAGGGACUGUAGGCUCCCCGAGGGAGAAACAUCGAGCUGGGCCACUGGAGGCACACGCGGGACACAGCUGAGCUACCAUCCAGCCACACCUGUUGACAGACAGCCGCCCUGCCUGGCUUGGCCUCCUCAGGCCUCAGGGAGCUCAUCACCGCCAUCCCAGCUCUGCCCACGGGGCCCUGUGUCUGUGCCAGGGUCACCUAGGCAGGCCCACCAGCAGGCGCUCCACCCCACACGGGGAUGUGCUUGCGGCCUGUGCCCCGAGAGCCCCUGCGCCGCGUGGCGGUGACCGGGGGCACCCACGGCAACGAGAUGUCUGGCAUCUACCUGGUCCGGCACUGGCUGCGGGCCCCGGGGGAGCUGCAGAGACCCAGCUUCUCCGCCACGCCCGUGCUGGCCAACCCGGCGGCCACAGCUGCCUGCCGCCGCUACGUGGGCCGUGACCUCAACCGCACCUUCACCAGUGCCUUUCUCACUGCCACGGCCCACCCAGGCGACCCAUACGAGGUGACAAGGGGCCAAGAGCUGAACCAGCUGCUGGGGCCCAAGGACUCGCCGGCCUUCGACUUCAUCCUCGACCUGCACACCACCACGGCCAACAUGGCCGCCUGCCUCAUCGUGGACAACGCCCACGACGCCUUUGCCUUGCACCUGUGCCGCCAUCUACAGCUGCAGAGCCCGGAGCUGCCCUGCCGGGUCUUCCUGUCGCAGGUGCCCAGGAAGGAGAGUUUCCACCUGGACUCGAUAGCCAAGAACGGAAUGACCCCGGAGCUGGGCCCCCAGCCUCAGGGCUUGCUGCGGGCCGACCUGUUCACCAGGAUGAGAGCCCUGGUGGCUGCAGCUCUGGACUUCAUUGAGCUCUUCAACCAGGGCACGGCUUUACCUGCCUUUGAGAUGGAAGCCUAUAGAAUCCUGAGCUUUGUGGAUUUCCCCCGCACGGAGGCCGGGGACUUGGCAGGCACUGUGCAUCCUCAGCUGCAGGACCGAGACUUCGAGCCGCUGCGGCCCGGCGCACCCAUCUUCCAGAUGUUCAGCGGCGAGGACGUGCUCUAUGAGGGGGAGUCCACCGUGCACCCUGUGUUCAUCAAUGAGGCCGCCUACUAUGAGAAGGGCAUUGCCUUCUUCCAAACCGAGAAGCUCACGUUCUCCGUGCCCGCCCUGCCCGCGCUGGCCCCCACCACCACCCGGGGUCCGUAACCCAGGCCCAGCCUCAGCCCUCCCAUCUGAAGAAUGGAUCCUGAGGCACACUCCCCGGCCCAGGGCCCUUUGCCACCCCCAUACCUCUGUGCCUCAGUUUCCCAUUCUAUAAAAUGGAAGAUG